AUGUCGACUGACAAGAUCUCUCCUGAUGAUGGCCGGAUAACUCAUUGUGAGGCUGUUCUGAACGGCCAAACAUACCACCUUUGGUUCGGUUGGCGCUUUCAGAUUCCAUUCCUGAUUCAGCAGAACCUGAGAGUUGUCGUCCCUGAUAUGAUGGGAUAUGGUGGAACACUAGCCAAACAUUUGAGAGCCCCCAAGAUUAUUCUGGGCGGCCACGACUGGGGUGGCUUCGUAGUAUACCGGACGGCACAAUGGUACCCAGAGCUCGUUACUCAUGUCUUCUCUGUAUGCACGCCAUACACGGCUCCUUCUAGACAUUACAUCUCGCUCGCUGAGAUGGUCAAUGGUCCCUUGCCUCAAUUUGGGUACCAAUUGCAACUCGCCGGACCUGAGCUGGAGGCCAAUAUCAAGUCUUACGAUCAGGUCAAAGGGUUUUUGAAGGCUCUAUAUGGCGGAAGAUCUGCGUCAGGCAAACCCUGCUUUCGACCAGAGACUGGUAUAGACCUUGAAGGAUUAAAGACGAUCGGCCUCGCACCCUCGCUUGACGGCAAGGAGCUUGAAUACUAUAUCAAAGAGUACAUGCGUCGGGGGCUACACGGACCAUUGAAUUGGUAUCGAACACGUCGCAUAAACUAUGAAGAUGACCUGGAGCUGCAGACGAAGAAGGUCAACCAACCAGUCUUGUUCAUCUCUGGUAAGCUUGAUGCAGUGCUGACACCGGAGAUGUCAAAAGGUAUGGAGGUUUUCAUACCAUUGCUGAGAAGGAGGGAAGUGGAAACUGGUCACUGGGCUUUGACACAAGCCCCGGAAGAAGUAAACAAGAUUUUGGAAGAUUGGUUGGUUGAGGUAGUCUUCGGCGCGAAGAGUGUCUUGUGA